AUUCUACCCCUGUCUGAUCACUGAUCUUUCGUCAUAGUACUAAUCGAUAGCAGCGUCCUGCUGAUAAAAUCCUCAUCGGACUCAACGAGCCCCUUUCAGUAUAAAUACAAGGCUGUUGGCAGCAAAUAUUCCAAACACGCACUACCAUGUCUUGCAUUCAGAACCAACACAUCUACACCCUUAAAAACUGUCAGGGAGGCACUGUGAUCGAUCUCUCUGGUGGAGACAACCAGUCCAUCAUCGGUUAUAACGACCACAAUGGCCCCAAUCAAUCGUGGAUCUUCCAACGUGCUGAUGACGCCUGGUUCAUCAAGUCCGCCGGGACUGAUAAAUAUCUAGGGGUCGAAGGUGAUGUCAACAACGUUGGUGAUGGUACCAGGGUUGUUGCUGUCCCGUCCCCUUUCAAGUGGGAUAUCAAAAACUCUGAUAUGGAAGGUGUUGGAGGUAUUAGGAUAUUGCUCCAUGACAAGCAAUUCAGCGUAGACCUGUCCGAUAAGGGGAAUGCGACAGAAGGCACACCUGUUCAACUCUGGACCGGGUGGCAGGGCGCUAAUCAGAUUUGGGCGCCUGUUGAGCGUACAUGAGCGCAAAAGAACAGAACUAUUGUAUAUAUAUAUGGUGUGGUUUAUCAUGUAUAAUACACAACAAGCGAUAUGUGCUGUAGCUUCAUAAGUACUGGCAGUAAUGAAGGUUGUGGCAGUCUAAGCAAAUCUGGUGAAUUCUCCAGGUCUAUCCCAGUGCUGGGCAAGCGCACCAUCGAUGGUGAUCGACUCCCUCCACUUGUGGGCCAUAUC